AUGCUCGUAACGGCCUUGCUUGCAGGCUCGGUGGUAGCAACGGCUCCAAGCUGGGAUAAAUGGGCACAUGGACGAGUGGUGGUGAACAAUAUCACUAUGCACUACCGAUAUGCUGGACAUGGGCCACCGCUAUUACUUGUGCACGGCAACCCACAACACAGUAUCACCUGGCGUCUUCUAGGCCCGUUAAUGGCUGAAAAGUACACCGUCAUCGCGCCUGAUAAUCGCGGUAUGGGCGAUAGCACUAUCCCACCUGACGGCGAUUACACUUCCGAAGCCAUGGCAUCGGAUCUCGAGGGACUGCUCGACUACCUCAACAUUACAAAGGCCAACAUAUUCUCACACGAUAAAGGAACUGGAGCUGCAGUAGCGCUGGCCAUGAAACGACCUUCUUUGGUCGCCGCACUGGGUGUUGUCGAGUACGGGCUUCCUGGCCAUGGCUACGAACAAGCGUGGACGCCGACUUACACCUGGGACACAUACGGGCUGUGGCCACUUGCUGCAUGGGCUGUGCCGGAUGAGGCUGAGCGCUUUAUGGAAGGUCGAGAGCGUGAGGUUGUGCUGUCAUUCUUUUUCCAUGCAUCGUACACAGGCAUAUCUGGAUUCCCGACGUAUGCCAUCAACUCGGUUGUCGACAGCUUGCGCAAGCCUGGCGGUCUCAGAGCCAUGUUUGGCGCCUUUGGUGCAAGAACUAUGGGACUGGACGCCGAGUUUUUCGGUGCGCUGACCAAGAAGCCUCUGACUGUGCCGUUCCUUGCCAUGGCUGGUGAAGCUAGCUUGGCAGAUAUGUUGAAGCCCGUUUGGGGACCUAUUGGGAAGAAUACCGUGCUGGAUAUUGUCCCGCAAUCUGGUCAUUUCCCUGCCGACGAGAACCCCGAGUGGCUGGAACAGCGAUUGAAUAAGUUUUUCGAUCCAUACUUGCAUCAGCUCAAGGUUGUGGAUUUGUCAGUGCUCAAGAACCGCGUCACCCUUGUGCCACCGAUCUAA